GCUUCUCCACAGGACUCGAUCCCCCAACGGAAGCGCCACCGGCGCCGUCGCCUGCCGCCAUGCUCCGCCUGCGAAGCUGCGUCCUCACCCAUCUCCUCUCUUCUCACCCCGCCGCCUCCCCUCUCCACCGACUACACUCAGCGGCUGCCUCCCCAAGCUCCGCGUUCGCCGUCGAGCAGUACCUCGUCGACACCUGCGGCCUUACCCGAGCGCAAGCCCUCAAGGCCUCCACAAAGCUCUCCCACCUCAAGUCCCCCACCAAUCCCGACGCUGUCCUUGCCUACCUCGCCGGCCUCGGCCUCUCCAGCGCUGACAUCGCCGCCCUCGUCGACAAGGAUCCCGAGUUCCUCUGCGCCGGCGUGGAAAGAAACCUGGCACCCACCGUUGUCCAGCUCACCGGCCUCGGUCUGUCCCAUUCCCAGAUUGCCUGCCUCGUCUCGCUCGCCCCCGCCAAAAUCCGCCGCAGAUCCGUCGUUUCCAGGACGCACUACUACCUGUCCUUCUUCGGCUCCUCCCAGAGCUUCCUCCAGGCGAUCAAGCGCUGCCCUCGUCUCCUCUCGGCCGACCUCGAGAAUCCAGUGAAGCCCAAUGUCGCGUUCCUGCAGGGGUGCGGGCUAGGUGCUUGCGAUAUUUCCAACACGUGUCUCGCUAGGCCGAGCAUGCUCCUCACCAACCCGGAGCGUCUCAAGGCGAUGGUGGCCAAUGCGGAAAGUCUAGGUGUGCCACGUGGCUCUGGAAUGUUCAGGCUCCUGCUGCGUGGUGGCGGGCUUCUGAGCGAGGAGAAUUUUGCAGCCAGAAUGGAGAAUUUGAAGAACACCUUCAGGUGGUCGGAUGCUGAGCUCAUCACUGCCGUGUCCAAGAAUCCGAUGGUGCUCAAGAGGUCUAAGGAGACACUGGAGAGAAGCUCAAAGCUGCUCAUCUCUGAGAUCGGGUUGGAACCGGCAUACGUUGCUCGUCGGCCGUCAAUGCUCAAUUACAGCCUGGAGGGCCGGAUCAGACCCCGGUACCACGUUUUAAAGUUUCUUAAGGGAAACGGAUUGCUAGAUCGUGACCGGGACUACUAUUCUGCAUUCAAGGUGACCGAGAAGGUAUUCGUGGACAAGUACAUAUGCCCUCACAAUGAAGUUGCGCCGCACCUUGUUGAAGACUAUGCCGCCGCUUGCAGAGGGCAAGUGCCAACUAAUUUCAGAUUUGCUUGAACCAAGGACAGGCUACGAGAAUUGGUUUUAAGCACACACAUUGGAUCUAAGAAAUUGUGAGACCAGACCAUUCUCCAACACAUUAAAUUUUCUACCUUCAGUUUAGUGCAUUGGGACAAUAAGCCAAGUGUCUAUGGCAAGAAUAAGCGUUGGUGUACAGACAAAUCCUUCAGUUUCUGAUCGAGUACUUGAAGGACUCAGAUGGAUCAGUUGUUGGUGAUCGGCAAGCUGAUUGAAGUGAAUUCAGGAAAUGAAGCUAGACUCGUACAUCGUUGGUGAAGAAGACUCGGUCGUAGUGGUACUUGUCGGUGUUGUAGACCCAUGAGUUUGCGAUGAAGACGAUGGGGCCGUGGUGGCCGGGGACGUGGUCGAUGGUGAUGGUCUUGAGAAGGAACUGGGUGGCGUGGUAGUUGCGGACGAUGACGGCGCCGGGGAGGCCCUGCUUCUUCACGUCCCAGUCGAAGGUGACAUCGUAGGUGGUGUCGCUGUGGGUCAUUGGGGGCAAGUGCAUCACCCAGUGUUCCACGCGCUCCUCCUCACCCACCAGACCCCGGCUGGCGUCGUCUGUACAUCGAUGAUGGCCCAUUCUUGUUAGCUGCUUAGCUAAUUAGCUAUAUUUCACUUUAUUUUUAAAAAACUGUAGAAAGAAACCUAUAUGAGUAUUUUUUGCACUGAUACUUUGAUCGGCGAAUAAUAGAUGGCCGGAGACUAUUACCAUGAUCA